CACAAUGGGGCGUUGUGAGUGGCUGAUCCACCCCCCGGGCCACGGCUGGCGGGGCCACCAAAAAAUUCACGACCACUCACUCGCUUGCAUCCGGCGCUCAACAUCGAUUCCUCUACGCCCAAACUUCAGCCCACCGGCACGUCGAGGUUUCGCAAUCAGUCGACAAUUGCAAACAUGUCUGAAGGCGAAGUCGAAGUGGCCACCUCCAGCUACGAGGUCCUCCCCAAGGAGGUUCUCGCUGAGGUUGGCAGCGUCAAGCUCUUCAACCGCUGGAGCUACGAGGAUGUUGAGAUUCGGGACAUCUCCUUGACCGACUACAUCCAGAUCCGUUCCCCCGUCUACAUCCCUCACUCUGCCGGUCGCUAUGCGGUCAAGCGUUUCCGCAAGGCCAACUGCCCCAUCAUCGAGCGCCUCACCAACUCGCUGAUGAUGCACGGCCGCAACAACGGCAAGAAGCUGAUGGCCGUCCGCAUCGUCGCCCAUGCCUUCGAGAUUAUCCACCUCAUGACCGACCAGAACCCCAUCCAGAUCGCUGUUGACGCCAUUGUCAACUGCGGUCCCCGCGAAGACAGCACCCGUAUCGGCUCUGCUGGUACUGUCCGGAGACAGGCCGUCGAUGUUUCGCCCCUGCGCCGCGUCAACCAGGCCAUUGCCCUGCUCACGACCGGCGCCCGCGAGGCUGCCUUCCGCAACGUCAAGUCCAUCGCCGAGUGCCUUGCCGAGGAGCUGAUUAACGCUGCCAAGGGCAGCAGCAACUCGUAUGCGAUCAAGAAGAAGGACGAGCUGGAGCGUGUGGCCAAGAGCAACCGGUAAAGGGCUGCGUGGGUGGAAUGCAUAUUGGACCGGGACGGGACGGAUUUUACGGCUUGUUUUUCAGGGCUGCUUUUGCGCGUUACGGUCUGGUGGAUGCAUGGCAUUCUUGUCAAACAGGCACAAAUAGGGCUCUCGUCAAAAGGGGAGCAAAUGGUGAAUUUCUGACAAGAACACAGUCGGUCAGUGGUGCGACGUGCGGUGCUCUUUCUUGCACGGAAUUGCAAGACGCAGACAAGACUUCUGAGCACCCGCUCUGAAUUGAGUUGUCUCCGAUUCCAGUGAGCCGUGGGCCCGUUCUCUGAAGGCGUGUCCAUUGACCGUCGGCUCCGGAUGGUCGUCGUUAAAGAGGUCCCG